GUGUGCUGUGUCCCCUGUUCUUUUCCAGGUAUUAGUCAACAUCGGCAACCAUUUCGAUCUCGCCUCCAGUAUAUUCGUAGCACCGAGAAAAGGGAUUUAUAGUUUCAGCUUCCACGUGGUCAAGGUGUACAACAGACAAACCAUCCAGGUCAGUUUAAUGCAGAAUGGCUACCCAGUGAUCUCCGCGUUUGCAGGGGACCAGGACGUCACCAGAGAAGCCGCCAGCAAUGGUGUCCUGCUGCUGAUGGAAAGGGAGGACAAAGUCCACCUCAAACUGGAGAGGGGCAACCUCAUGGGAGGCUGGAAGUACUCC